AUGCUCAAAGAAAAAUUAAAAAAAUUAAUUCUACAUGACCUACCAGCAAACUAUGCAGGCUUGCUACGAUAUAAUAAUAGGGUGAACUGGUUCUUCACUCUAGGCGACGAAACCGUGGUCUAUUUGCCUCAAGAUUUCUUCUUGCUGGAAAUUGGCAAAAAUAAAGAGAAACUGCGUCGAAAUAGACGAAUCGUAUUUCUUCGAAAGACCACAAGUACAAAUAAUCGGAGAAAGGAAAAUGAAAAUGAGAUCGGUCGAGAUCGA